UCUGAGGCCCAGCGGGGCGGCCAACCCCGGACCCCUCCUCCUUCCGCCAACGCGGGUCGGAAACCGGAGCCCAGAGACGGGGACGCCAGGCCCGGAGCUGAUGCCCUCCUACCCGCUGGCCAGGCGCCCCCAGGGUUUUGGCCAAAUUGGGCGAGGGCACAAAGUACCCACUUACCCCUUCUCACCGAGGAGGAACGGGAGAAAGGGUAUGGCACUGUCUCAAGGCUGGGUGAAGAAAUACUUCAAGGCCUUUUGUAAAGGCUUCUUUGUGGCGGUGCCUGUGGCAGUGACUUUCCUGGAUCGGGUUGCCUGUGUGGCAAGAGUGGAAGGAGCAUCAAUGCAGCCUUCUUUGAAUCCUGGGGGGAGCCAGUCAUCUGAUGUGGUGCUUUUGAACCACUGGAAAGUGAGGAAUUUUGAAGUACAACGUGGUGACAUUGUGUCAUUAGUAGACCAAAGCACUAUUACUACUCUUUGAGUCAGCAGGAGAUUG